CGGGCUACGAGACCGCCGAGCCGAACGGGCGGUCCCUGGACGCGAUCCGCGUGCGUGCGGGGAGUGGACCCCAGUCCAGCUCCGAACCUCGUACCCUGUACAGGCCGGCCCAGCGCGCUCUGGUGCCUCCACUCCAGCCGGGGCCUGCAGGGCGCGCUGCGGAGCGCGGCGGGCGGAGCCUCUCAGGUGCCUGGGAAGCACACCUUUGCGAGAUUCCUAGGCUACAAAAAGGGCUGCCAACUCCAUGAUGUAGGAAGAACAAUUUUCAGAAUACAGUGAAAUUGCAGGCUAAGAACUCUUCAACAAUAAGUACAUUUAUUAAGAACCAUGGCUUUAAAAGUGCUACUAGAACAAGAGAAAACAUUUUUCACCAUUGUAGCUUUACUAGCCUAUUUGGUAUGUAAAGUGAUUUGUGAAACUGGGGAUUGUAGACAACAAGAAUUCAAGGAUCGGUUUGGAAAUUGUGUUCCCUGCAAGCAGUGUGGACCAGGCAUGGAGUUGUCUAAGGAAUGUGGCUUUGGCUACGGGGAGGAUGCUCAGUGUGUGACUUGCCGGCUGCACAGGUUCAAAGAGGACUGGGGCUUUCAGAAAUGCAAGCCGUGCCUGGACUGUGCGGUGGUGAACCGCUUCCAGAAAGCAAACUGUUCUGUCACCAGUGAUGCUGUCUGCGGGGAUUGCUUGCCAGGAUUUUAUAGGAAGACAAAACUUGUUGGUUUUCAAGACAUGGAGUGUGUACCUUGUGGAGACCCUCCUCCUCCUUAUGAACCACACUGUACCAGUAAGGUCAACCUCGUGAAGAUCCCGUCCACAACCUCCAGCCCAAGAGACACAGCCCUGGCUGCUGUUAUCUGCAGUGCCUUGGCUACUGUCCUGCUGGCUCUACUCAUUCUCUGCAUCAUCUAUUGUAAGAGACAAUUUAUGGAGAAGAAACCCAGCUGGUCUCUGAGAGCACAGGACAUUCAGUACAAUGGUUCUGAACUGGCCUGUUUUGACAGACCUCAGCUCAAUAACUCUGUUCCCAGAGCCUGCUGUCAGUGCCACCCGGACUUAGCCCAGACCUGCGGGCCUGUUCACUUGAUCCCAUCCUUGUGCUGUGAUGACUCCUGCAGCAUCGACCAGGUGACUCUUGGUUGCAGGGUGCAUUCCCAGGCCACACUUCAGGAGAGAAAUGCAGGUCCGGUGGGAGAGACCAUGCCGUCUUUCUUCGGGUCCCUUUCUCAGUUCAUCUGUGGCGAGUUUUCGGACGCCUGGCCUCUGAUGCAAAAUCCCAUUUAUGGAAGCUUUUUAGGACUCCAUUCUUUCUGGAUUAGAAGUGCACGUAUGGAACCCAAGGGGCACGCACUCCUCCACUUACACUUAUGAACUGAGCAGUCUGGACCUUGCAUGGCUUCUGGGGGGAAAUAUAAAUCUGAAUCAAACUGAUGGCUUUUUAAGCCUUUCAACCAGUUGCUUCUGAGCCAGACCAGCUGUAAGCUGAAACCUCAAGGAAGAACAGGACAAGACUGCAGGCAUUCAUGAUGCUUUGCAUCUUUCCUAAACAAGAAGUUUCUGUGCUACAAGUGUGACUUCAAAGACUGAUGCACUGAGUUGGCAGCCAGGGAGGUUAUGGACCAAUAACAAGAACCAGAAAUGCAGUCGUGUGUAUUUUCAAGGUGAAUGUGGUUUCACAAGACUAAAGACCCAAAGUAUAAGUUUUCAUCUAUAUUUUCUUUUAAAAUAAUUUCACAUAGUCAGUUAUCCUACUAAAAGUCAAUGUUAUAUUA